UAUGUCCGUCAGUUGAUUACAGAUUAUCAAGUAAGGCAUCGAGCCAGAAGAGGGACACGUGGUAACCUAAAAAUUUUCCUAAGUGAAUUGUGUUUAUUUUCUUUUUUUAUUCUUUUUGAAUGAACAAAAAUGGGAAAUGCCCGAGAUGACAAGCAUUAAGAAACGUCGUGUGUUAUUGUUCACACUAUUAAUAUUUGCACAAACAUUAUCACAAGUUGAAAGUGGAAGAGUGAAGGUCCGCAAAACCGGAAAAACAAGUACUGAUGAGCUGCACAAACUACUGCGCUUUGUGUUGACUCACGACGGCUGUCAACAGUUUACACCGCUGAGUAGUCGUAAAAACCCCACUUUUGAGCUGAGCAACGACAACUGCCACAAGUCUUGUGAAAUCGUGAAUGACCUCUACACUGAAAAAAAAAAGGGUCAGAUUUUAGCCGAACUGGUCAGUUCAGCGGCGAUUAGGCUAAUAGGCAAACUGUUUGAAGUAGUAAACAAAAUCUUUGAGCUCCUAGCAUAACCAAGUUUAUAUACUAUCUAAACCUCAUUUUAGA